AUGGGGCCAAUGAAAUAUAAGUCAGGUGUGUCCUCGGUGUCCUGUGGUUUGCAAUAUCACUAUUGGUUGAUAAAGUGGAGUCCAAAAAUGGAUUUACACAUAGUGAGGACUUACUGCUCAUCAGCGCCUAAGAGGCCAGAAGCCAAGUCUGCAAUAGAAAUGGCCAUGAGUCUUCUUAAUCGGCUGACAGAAGCUGGGACCGUUAUGGGAAAAAACUCUCUUCAAAAAAUGUCUGCAACAUGCAAGAGUUGGUGGGACAGAUACGAAGAGUUCGUUGGAAUUAAUGAAGUUCGAGAGGCUCAGGGAAAAGUGACGGAGGCUGAAAAUGUCUUUAUGAUAGCUCGAGGGAUAGUACGAGAGGCUCGUGAAAAUGUAGAAGCCCAACAGAUUAAACUGAAGGAAAUUCGCGACCGCUUGGACAGGGUCUCUCGGGACGACACCCAGUAUUUAGAGCUGGCUACUCUGGAGCACAGGUUGCUGCAGGAAGAGAAAAGGUACCGAGCUGCAUAUUUAAAUGCAGAAGAAUCCGAGAGAGAAAAAUUCUCUCUUUUUUCUGCAGCUGUAAGGGAAAGCCAUGAGAAAGAGCGAACAAGAGCUGAAAAAACGAAGAACUGGUCGAUUAUUGGUUCUGUACUGGGAGCCAUUAUAGGUGUUCUCGGUUCCACCUAUGUUAAUCGAGUAAGGCUGCAAGAAUUGAAAGUCUUGGUGCUUGAAGCACAGAAGGGCCCAAUAAAUCUGCAAGAAGCCAUCAAAGAACAGGCGUCCAGCCAUUACUUACAGCAGAAGGAUCUCAGUGACGUCAUAGCAGACCUGAAAAAUGUGCUGCAAACAAGGACAUCACAGGAAAUAAAAGAAGGUGCUUUGUUAACUAGAGAAGACAGGAAUGACUCCAUAAAAAUAGAUUCUCUCUUGAUUCCUUUAAAUGAACAGCUAAACUACACUAAACAAGUCAGUUCAUGUCUGGGGAGUUUACAAAAGCAGUUUAACAGUUUGCAGGAAAGUGUAGCGCAAGUGGUUGCCGAGGUGCAGAGCGUUAAACUUGCCGUCCAUUCUAGACCUACAGAAAGAGUGAUGCCAAGGUCUUCAGCGGAGGGUAAGGGCCAGGCUUCUGCUGUGAGAGAUGUGAUUUUAGAAUUGUGUGAUACCGAGCGGCGACUGGAAACACAAAUCAAGAGAAAUUCUAUUUACAGCACUGCGGUGACAUGCGCUAUGUUUGCUAUUACUCUGCCAGUACUCUAUAUUAUACUUAAAGGGAACUGA